AUGGAUUCCCGUGACCCCACGUCACAUGCGCACGUGCGAGGAGACACUGGGGUGGUUUUAGCUGCUAGGUACUGCUCAAGGUACAGACAAACAGUGGUAGGCUGCAACCACUGUGUUUGCGUCGCUGGACAACUCUACCUGUGCACCGGAGCUAUAUGCCCCAAAUCUCCUUCAAAUAAACAGUUAUUAAGGGCCCAACACCUCAAAUGCCGAGAUGGUGAUACGCGCAUGGAUAAGGACGGAUGCAACCGCUGCAUAUGCAUCCAAAAUACUGAGUACUGCACUGGACAACCUUGCAUUCCGCCACUCAGUGGCAUAAGAGCAGACGGAUCACCUGAUGGUAAGCGAUCGGCGCCGCCCAUGGACAUCCGCAACACCAGAGGAGUCACAGAUUUACAUGAAAAUAUGAAGACCACCAAACAGCAUUGCCGUAACGGCACGAAGAGAAUGAGUAAGGACGGCUGCAACCGCUGCAUCUGCAUAAAAAAUACAGUGUAUUGCACCAGGAAACGUUGCCAAACGAAAAGCAAACCUGACCGGGGGUAUAUAAGCGGAACUGCGGCUCACCGCUGGCAGUUGAGUUCUAAGUCUAAAGCGAUUCGGAAGAAAAGGAAGAAGUGGAAAAGAAGAAAAGUGAGUGAAAUAGUGAAGUGCAGUGAAAUAGUGAAGUGCAGUCAGUUAAGUGAGUUAAGUCAGCGUGAACGGCAAAGUUGUGUCAGUUGGCCGGACUCUGCUGGAGAAGAACGCCGAUAA